AUGGCCGCCGAACCCUUCCCCCCGUGGUUGACGGCUUUCACAGGCCUGACAGCUUGGCCUCAAGACAAUCCCCCUUACAUCCCGUUGGACUACGUUGAUCUCGCGACCGUUCCGAAUCACAUUGCUAAGCGUGAACUUGGUAUCUGUGACGGAGUCGAGCGCACCGCCUGCUCCUUCGACUGCCAUUUGUGUAUUGCUUUCGACGACAUCCGCACUUGCAACAAGAUAUCCCAAACAUUUGACGACGGGCCCAGCCCUAGCACACCAAAACUUCUGGAAAUGCUUCCCUCAAAAACAACCUUCUUUGUCCAGGGCGUCAAUGUCGUCCGCUUCCCAGAGAUCUUCAGGGAGCAAUACCGCCAGGGCCAUCUGUUGGCCAGUCACACCUGGUCUCACCCAAACCUCGCCUCGCUUAGCAAUGAAGAGAUAGUCGCACAACUACAAUGGACUAACUGGGCUAUGAACGCCACUGCCGGUAUCAUCCCACGCUACUUCCGUCCCCCCUAUGGCGCUAUCGACAACCGUGUACGUGCUAUUGUACGGAUGCUGGGCAUGCAGUCUGUGUUGUGGGACCGAGACACAUUUGAUUGGAAGGUUAACGCCGGUAUUAAGACCUCCCCUGAGGUCGUGGAAGAGGUCCAAGACUGGAAACUGCAGGGUGGAGGCUGGGGUUUGAUCCUCGAGCACGAUACUACCAUCAAGACUGUCAACGUUGGACUUGAUGUUGCCAAAGCUCUUGGGCCGAACCAGCUUACCGUUGCCGAGUGCGUGGGUCAGACACAAUGGUACCAGGAUCCAGCACGGUUGGGUAACGAGCCCCGCCGUGGCCACCGAGCAGCUUCGUACCAAAGGAGUUGA